AUGGCCACCGUACGCCUCCUCUCAUUGCUGGUCCUCGCGUUUCUGUGCCAAGAAGGUGCCCUGGCUGCAAACGUAACAAGCAGCAAGCCGCCGCUGCCGUCAAACAAGCAGCCGCUUUCGCCCCCGCCGUCAAACCUGCCGUCAAACAAGCAGCCGCUUUCGCCCCCGCCGUCGACCCAGCCGUCAAACAAGCAGCCGGUUUUGCCCCCGCCGUCGACGCUGCCGUCAAACAAGCAGCCGGUUUCGCCCCCGCCGUCGACGCAGCCGGCAAACAAGCAGCCGGUUUCGCCGCCGCCGUCGACCCAGCCGUCAAACAAGCAGCCGCUUUCGCCCCCGCCGUCGACCCAGCCGUCAAGCAAGCAGCCGGUUUCGGCCCCGCCGUCGACGCAGCCGUCAAACAAGCAGCCGGUUUCGCCCCCGCCGUCGACCCAGCCGUCAAACAAGCAGCCGGUUUCGCCCCCGCCGUCGACGCAGCCGGCAAACAAGCAGCCGGUUUCGCCGCCGCCGUCGACCCAGCCGUCAAACAAGCAGCCGCUUUCGCCCCCGCCGUCGACCCAGCCGUCAAGCAAGCAGCCGGUUUCGGCCCCGCCGGCGUCCAACAACCAGCCGCCAGUGCGUCCUCCGCCACCGGUACCGGCGGGCAAGCAGCCGCUUCCAUCUCCCCCAUCACCUCCAUUAACGAAUAAGGCGCCGCCGCCGGCCCCCAAGAAGUGA